AUGCCCAAACGAGCAAGAAGCCAGGAUGACCAAGACACGGCAGAAUCACUCCCGGCUGAAGAUGUGGACAUGACACCAUCUAAGAGGAGGAUGAUCGACGCAGAGACACCGUCACGACACACCAAUGCGGACACGCCCUCGAAACAGCGCUCCAUCCUCAAAUCCACCCUCAAGCAAGAGGGAACACCACGAUCUCUGCGCAAAGUCCUCUUCUCCACUCCAGCCAAAUCUGUCGACCACGACAUUCAAGAUGUGCCAACUAAAGAUUCUCCCUUGACGGCCGCUCUCAAUGCAGAUCGUUCUGCCAGGCGCAAGAGCCAUAAAAUAUUGUUCGACCCACAAGAUGAAGAUGAGUCUGCUGUCGAUGACAUCGGCCUGGAAGAUGCUCUGGCUCGCGAGAUUCUGGACGACGCUGUUGAAUCAGAUCAAGACAUGGGAGACGAUGACAAUAUCACCGCUACUCCAGGCACUCCCUCAAAAACUCCUAGGCCCAGGGGACGACCGAAAGGCAAGAAGAGGCAGCCGUCUCCCAUACUCCAGGAUAUGCCACCACACGAGCUGUACUUCUUUCAGAACAGGCCAGGAGGUGUCAAAACGUCAACAAAUACUCUGCCGAGUAAUGCUCUUCUCAACCAUGACGACUAUUUUGCCAAGAUCAAUGAAUACAACGAUCCGCACACGGCAGAUAAACAGUUUCUGGCCAGCUUGCAUGAGAAUGGUUUCGAUCAGUGGAUGUUUGAACUCGAUCAAGGCUUCAAUAUCUGCAUCUACGGCUACGGCUCUAAACGAAAUCUUCUUCUCGACUUUGCAGACCAUCUCUGUCAAGCCUCGGACGAGAAGCCAAACCUCAUUAUCGUCAAUGGGUACUCACCCAAUAUCUCGGUCAGAGACGUUCUGACGACCAUCGCGAAACACUCCCUGCCCUCUUCGGUAGCCAACAAACUUCCUCUCCAGCCGCAAGCUCUCCUGGACGCCCUCCUGUCCGCCCUGACAGCUAACCCUCCUUCCUCGCCCAUAUAUAUACUUGUCCACUCGAUCGACAGCCCAUUCUUCCGAAAACCACUCUUUCAAUCUACCAUCUCGGCUCUGGCUGCCCAUCCUAAUAUCUGCUUGGUUGCAUCUGCAGACACAUCGACCUUCCCUUUGCUCUGGGACAUAUCACAACGCUCUUCGCUACGUUUCCUAUUCCACGAUACUACGACUUUUGCACCCUAUACUGCAGAACUCGACCCUGUAGAAGAGGUUAACGUUUUGCUCAACCGCAGUGGUCGUCGUAUAGGUGGAAAGGAUGGUGUGGCAUAUGUCUUACGCUCGUUGCCUGAGAAUGCAAGAAACUUAUUCCGCAUCUUAGUUGCAGAACAAUUGGCCCUCGCCGACACCACUCUUGAGAUACACCACGAUUCUUCAGACUCGGAAAGCCGUCCACCAAAGAAGGUACCGACACCUAAAGUCAAAGCACAUAAGACUUCGGCAUUCGUGGGCGUCGAGUACAGGACACUGUAUCACAAGGCUGUGGAAGAGUUUGUUUGUUCAUCUGAGAUGAGUUUCAGGACCUUGCUUAAAGAGUUUCACGAUCACGACAUUGUGGAAAGUAAGAAAGACAGUUUGGGUGUUGAAAGGUUGGCUGUACCGUUUGGAAGAGAGGAUUUGGAAGAUAUGUUGCAGGAAUUGGUAUGA